UAAUACGUGAGGUGAAAGCCCUUGGAAGUGGUAGGAGGAUUCCCAGUGAGAGCAAUAAGCUUUGGUUAUACAAAGUUUCGUGAAAUAACAAAGUGACUUUUUCCAGAGGCUUCAUAAGAUAAAAAGUAAAGUUUCACUAGUUUCUGGAUUUUUUUUUUAAGUGGAAUGUGUUGACAGAUGCUGACACUCAUCUAGGGGAGAAAAAUACUGUUUUGGUAACUCUUAACCUUUUGCUAAAUCAUCCAAGUCUUUAUUGGCUGUUGACUUCCAUUUCAGCACAGAAUUAGGUGCUCUGCACAUGAAACCAGCUUGUUGAGGUACUUAAAUUAUUGUAUUUAGCUCAACUUCAAGCAUCAGCUUUUAAAGAGUGGCUUUGACUUCAACAAAUGGUGAUUAAAUAUCUAGGGUUGUGAUUUCAGAUUCCGUGGGCAAAAAAAUUCUGAAGUUUCACACAAAGCCUCCCUAGUAUCUGGCUAUUGUAUGCCAGAUUUUUAGAAAUACUUCUUAGAGUAGUAAUCUGUGUGAACCUCUCUUCUUGGAAAAGACUCAGCUCGAUUUUGGACCAAACCAGCUGCUGAUUUUAGAGAAAUAUCACAUAAGGCUAUUUUGAAGGCCUUGCUGCUAGCCAGCAUAUUUUACUAAUGAGUUACUUGGAUCAUGGUGCUCUAGAUGGUUUCUGCCCAUGGUAAAUUACAGAAUUUUCGAAAGCAGUUUCUGCCUUUUUUGCCCUAAGCUUACAACUGUUGCACAGCUCUUGCAAAGUGAUGGUAUAUACUAUCUCUUCGGUUUGUACCAGCACAGAAGACUUGAUGCCAAACUGGGGUUUGCAGGUAAUGUAUGUCACCGUUUUGUUCUCUACAUGAAGGUCAUUCAUGUCACAAGUGAUGGAUGUUCUCAAGUUAAGCACAUUUUCCUCCAGCCUGAUGGCUGUUAACAGCCUCUGACACUAUGCAACCACUUUAUAGUGAAAUGCUUGAUGUACCCCUUCGCUUGGGCAGCCCUGCUCAGUAGAUCAGCUUCAGCAUGGGGGCCUUUCCAUAGCCAAGGAGCUGUGAAAUGUCCAACGUGUCAUUGUGGAACAACAGCAGGAGACUUUGAUUUCAUUUGCCUAACAGAUCACUCCAAAUUCACUAUAAACUGGUUCUGCUAUAAAUCUAAGCUUCAAGGAGGCCCAUGCUGAUGGCAUUGCUUAGAUUAUUGCAUCCUAAUCAUGCAUGUCUUUUUGCAAAGCCCUCUCUUAAUAUAUAUUUCCUUUCUUGCUGCAGUGUUUUCUUUUUAUUUUGUAUUGUAGGAUCGGGAUAUUCCCCCCUUGAAGAUGAUGAAGAUGUGUAUGCACGCAAUAGAUAUAAAGAAACACCGUGGUGCUCUCCCAUUAAGGUGAAACAUGGUUAUGCCAACUGCAGAACACCCCAAGGGGAAUAUUAUAAGAAUGUGCUGGGUACAAGAUGUGACAUUCGUUGUCAAAAAGGCUACGAACUGCACGGCCCUCAGCAGCUCAUCUGUCAGUCAAGCAAACGCUGGUCUGGGAAAGUGUUGUGCAAACAGAAGCGCUGCCCGACGCUCUCCAUGCCGGCCAACGGCGGCUUCAAGUGCUCAGACGGGGCUUACUUCGGCUCGCGGUGCGAGUACUACUGCUCGCCGGGCUACCAGCUGAAGGGCGACCGCACGGUGAGCUGCCUGGACAGCAAGGCCUGGAGCGGCCGCCCGGCCGCCUGCGUCGAUACAGAACCACCGAGAAUCCAGUGCCCGAGCGUGAAGGAGAAAACCGCGGAGCCAAAUAAGUUGACGGCCCGAGUGUUCUGGGACACCCCGGAGGGCAGGGACACGGCGGAUGGGAUUUUGACAGAUGUUAUUUUGAAAGGCCUGCCGCCAGGAUCACAUUUUCCGGAAGGUGACCACAAAAUCCAAUAUACUGUGUAUGACAGAGCAGAAAAUAAAGGCACUUGCAAAUUUCUUGUUAAAGUCAGAGUGAGGCGCUGUGUGAAACUCCACGCGCCGGAUAACGGCUACGUCCGGUGCUCCGGUGACGGGAAUAACUACGGGGCGACGUGCGAGUUCUCCUGCGUGGGCGGCUACGAGCUGCAAGGGAGCCCGGCUCGCGUGUGCCAGUACAGCCUGGGCUGGUCGGGAGUGGAGCCGACCUGUGCACCCAUGAAUAUCAAUGUGAACGUAAGGACUGCAGCUGCACUCCUGGACCAGUUUUAUGAGAAACGCAGGUUGCUCAUCAUUUCAACUCCUACUGCAGCCAACUUCUUCUACCGGAUGCAGUUGGGAAUGUUGCAGCCAGCGCAGUGCGGCCUGGACCUGCGCCACGUCACCGUGCUGGAGCUCGUGGGCGUUUUCCCGGCGCAGAUCGGCCGCAUCGGAGCCAAGCUGCUGCCCCCGGCGCUGGCCCUGCAGCUCAGACUGCUGCUGCGAAUCCCCCAUUACAGCUUCAACGUUGUGGUGAUGGACAAGCACGGAAUGGACAAGGAGCGCUACCCUUUCCCAGCAACACCAGCCGAGCUGUUUGCACUUAUUGACAAUUUUCCCCUGAGGAAAGAGGAGAUGAAACUGCAAGCAGAAAUUGGCCAGUCGUGUCCCUAACUCAGCAUUACGGGGCUUUCAUUUGGCAGUGAUUUUUUUAAUCCCCAUACUCUGCCCUUGGUGCUACACAAAGCAUGGCUUUUUUUAAUCACCGAUGUACAGAUUGUUUUGUGUAUUGUCUGUCCUGUUGGGGAGCUGUUCUGCAUAGACACGUGCAUGAUGCUUUUUGGUACUUCCAGCUGUCUUUAGAGAAAUUUCUGUGUAGAAUUAUUACCCGGUGGCAUUGCUUGUACAGACAGUGAAGGACUGAGGCAAGGCUCCAGGAGAUUAUUUUGGAUUUUUCAGUCAGUGUAAAAUUUGAGUUUCUUUCUUACUGUUUUUAAGUCUUUUAUUAAUAAAAGAAUAUUGUUUUGCAAACAGAUGGUUGUCAGAAAUUCCUCCCAGAGAUAAAAGCUGAUGGAUGGAAUUCCAAAAUUGGAUGAAAAUUUCUCUUUGCAGCCAUUUAACAGAGACAGUAGCCUCAGAAUUAAGGUGUAGAGAAGCUCAGCACUGACCUCCAGUUCCCCUAUACUACAGUUGAUCACAAAGCCCAGCUGAAGGCAACACAAGUAGCUGUUUCCAGCAGCAGGGAGGAGAAAACAGCUGCUGGCAGGAAGAGGGAACGCAGUGGCAGAAAGAAAAUGAUAAAGGAACAGAAGAAGACAGACAGUAAUUAGGAGGAGCCCCAGUUUGCAGUGAGAGAAAGAAGUGCUUUUACCCUGCGACGCUCCUGCUCCCGACUUUCCACGUUCAGGGACUUGUCCUAACAGAAUUCCUUCAUGUUGGAGACGGAUCAGCCUGUGCACGUGCUGGCAGGGGAACGUUCUCCACAGCAGAAGUUCAUCGAGGAUCUAUCAUUUCCAGAGCUGUGCAAAUACUCAGUUGCAAGUCAUCACUUAGGAAUUAACGGAAAGGUUCGCUGCUUAGUUAGGAGUGUUGGGAAACUUUCAAAAAAGGAGAGUUUUCUUUUGUUUAAUCGUAGCCUGCAAUCUCACCAGUAAAUUGCCAAGAAUAUGCAUCCUGCCUGAGGAAUAUGAAGAAUCUGAAGAAUAUCUUGCCUUUUUGAAGCCAAAAAGGAAUGAGGACUGUGAGUUACAGCUUGGCACUCUGCUCACGGGCUGGUAUAAAACUGGAUCCAUAACUUGAUGCUCUUAAAAGCAAGAUGUUGGUAGCUGUGCUGUUCCUGCUUACCACUGAGAACACAGCCCUCCCUUCAGCCAAAUGCCUGCUCAUCUUUGACCCUGAAGAAGACUUAAUUUUACACUCUUAUGUCAGCAGGGGAACAGUUUAGCAGUGCAUGUAAUAAGAUCCUUACCAAAGAGGAGUCUUUCACACGCUCUGAAAUGAUUAAAUCUCAAAUCGGCUGCUUUUGUAAGCGAAGAGCGAAAAACCAGCUCUGACCUGAGCUACUUAAUAAUGAUGU